AUGUCAUAUGAAAACAUAUUAAAAACAUCCCUGAGAGACAUGAGGUUAAUUACAGAGGCAAUACUUAGGCGACAUAACCUAUACGUUAAUUGUAAACCGUAUCAGGAAGAUACAUGGUCUCCCUCUUCUUCAGGUGUUGGUGGAGCCAAUGAUGGUAAUGUUACAGGCGGUAGUGAUCCCGUUAAUGGCAGUGAUAGUGUUGCGGUCAAUGAGGAUGGUGGAGGUGACAACAUGGAAAGUGGUGGUGAUGGAGGGCGAGACAAUGGCGUAGAUGACAACGUUCGAGGAGGUGGCGACUCUGGUGGUGGUAAAGGUGGCGGUAAUGGUGCUUGUGGAAGUGGAGGUGAUAGCAUUGGAGGCGGUGAAGAUGAUAGCAUUGAAGGCAGUGGUGGAGAUGAUAGCAUAAAGGGAAGUAAAAUAAGUAAUGAAAAGGAAAUACUGUUAGCUAUCAUAAAAUAG